AGGAAGGAAAGAAGGGGAAAAAAAGAAAAGGAAGAUAGGAAGGAUAUAUAUAUAAAAAUUUUAAAACUAAUAAAAGAAGAAGGCAAAGGAGGUCUGGAAAUUAUUAUCCAGCCACCGUUGCUCCAACUGCUGAGGCUGUCGCUGCAGAUAGAAGCUCCAUUCAGUUCAGACCAAAGAAAGAGCUUUCUUCUUCUCCUUCUUCUUCAUUCCCUCCCUCCUUCCUUCCCUCCUGGACGGAUGCUGGGGCUGCAACUUUCUUCGAACUCCGAUGCCCGGCGCCUGGAGGACUCCUCCGGUGGGAAGAGCACAGCUGAGCUCGAAAUCUCUGGUCUGGGGUCAGGGAAGCCCCCGGUUUGACUCCAAGAAAGAGGAGGAGGAGGAGCAGGAGGAGGCCAAGGCAGCUGGGCAGCCUGCAAGACUGAGAUUGGAGCGAUCCCAGGUGGCUCCAAGGCGGUCCUCUUCCAUGCUUCUCCGGCCAGCGCUGGCCAGAGUUUGCCAAGCAGAGCUCCAGGAGAGGACCACUUGAUCUCUCCCUUUCUCUCCUCGGAAGCUGGGAGGCAGGGAUCCUGGGAUUCCCCUCCCCACCCCAUUGGAGAUCCCUUGGGCUUCUUGGAUGAGCAGCAGGAGAGCAAGGCGGCAAGAUGCAUUGCGAGAGGUUUAUAUGUAUCUUGAGAAUACUUGGAACCACACUGUUUGGGGUGUCCCUCCUCCUUGGAAUCUCAGCUGCUUACAUUGUGGGCUACCAGUUUAUCCAAACAGACAACUAUUAUUUCUCCUUUGGACUCUAUGGUGCUAUUCUGGCAUCACACCUCAUCAUCCAAAGCCUGUUUGCCUUUCUCGAACACAGGAAAAUGAAGCGAUCUCUUGAGACCCCAAUCAAGCUGAAUAAAACUGUUGCCCUUUGCAUUGCUGCCUACCAAGAGGAUCCUGACUACUUAAGAAAAUGUUUACUUUCUGUGAAGAGGCUCACCUACCCCGGAAUUAAGGUGAUUAUGGUAAUCGAUGGGAAUUCAGAAGAUGAUGUUUACAUGAUGGACAUUUUUAGUGAGAUCAUGGGCAGGGAUAGAUCUGCGACAUACAUCUGGAGGAAUAAUUUUCACCAGAGAGGCCCUGACGAGACUGAAGACUCCCAUAAAGAGAGCAUGCAACACGUCACUCAAAUGGUCUUGUCCAACAAAAGUGUCUGCAUCAUGCAAAAAUGGGGCGGGAAAAGAGAAGUAAUGUACACAGCAUUCAAAGCGCUGGGGAGAAGCGUGGAUUAUGUACAGGUAUGUGAUUCCGAUACAAUGCUUGAUCCAGCUUCAUCGGUGGAAAUGGUAAAGGUUUUAGAAGAAGAUCCAAUGGUUGGAGGUGUUGGGGGAGAUGUUCAGAUUUUGAACAAAUAUGAUUCGUGGAUCUCCUUCCUCAGCAGUGUUAGAUACUGGAUGGCGUUUAAUAUCGAAAGAGCCUGCCAGUCCUACUUUGGCUGUGUCCAGUGCAUCAGCGGACCUUUGGGGAUGUACAGAAACUCCUUACUCCAUGAAUUUGUGGAAGACUGGUACAAUCAAGAAUUCAUGGGAUCUCAGUGUAGCUUUGGAGAUGAUAGGCAUCUCACCAACCGAGUCCUGAGCCUCGGCUAUGCAACAAAAUACACAGCUCGAUCAAAGUGCCUUACAGAAACGCCCAUAGAAUAUCUCAGGUGGUUGAACCAACAGACCCGUUGGAGUAAGUCCUAUUUCCGAGAGUGGCUAUACAAUGCAAUGUGGUUCCACAAGCAUCAUUUAUGGAUGACCUAUGAAGCUGUCAUCACUGGGUUCUUCCCAUUUUUUCUCAUUGCCACCGUCAUUCAGCUUUUCUACCGAGGGAAGCUAUGGAACAUCCUCCUUUUCUUGUUGACAGUUCAGCUUGUGGGCCUUAUCAAGUCUUCCUUUGCCAGCUGUCUUAGAGGAAACAUUGUCAUGGUGUUUAUGUCCCUUUACUCAGUGUUGUAUAUGUCAAGUUUACUUCCAGCCAAGAUGUUCGCAAUUGCCACGAUAAACAAAGCAGGAUGGGGCACAUCGGGGAGAAAAACUAUUGUGGUCAAUUUCAUUGGACUCAUACCUGUGUCUAUUUGGUUUACAAUCCUUUUAGGUGGUGUUAUUUUCACAAUAUACAAGGAAUCCAAAAAGCCAUUUUCUGAAUCAAAACAGACAGUGCUGAUUAUUGGUACGAUACUUUAUGCCUGCUACUGGGUGAUGCUUUUGACUUUGUACUUGGUUCUCAUUACCAAAUGUGGCCGGCGGAAGAAAGAACAGCAGUACGACAUGGUGCUCGAUGUAUAAUUUGACCACUGUGUCUUUAUUACGUAUAUAUAUUUACUGGCUGCCCAUGGGAAGUUUUUCAAGUGACACGAUCAGGUUUCAAAUGGCCUGAGGAAGAACUUUCUAGUGUUUGUGGCACUGAGUUUGAUAUCAUCAAGGGAAAAAAGAUCACUGCUGCUUGGAAUCGAACAUGAACAAAUUCAUGACCAUGCCAAAGCAAAAAGAAAAAGAAAAAAAAGAGUGAAUGUGCCUUUUAGGGGAGGGGGGAGGGGGAAACAAAAUCAUGUAGAUUCAACCCAUCCCUAUGGGUGGUCUUUGAUGAUGCACUUUCUUCUGUUGUGCGUACACCCAAAAGUGUUAAUGUCCUCUAUAUACCUCAUUGGUCAUGCUCAUGAUGUGGACGGAAGUGGAAGAAAGGGAGUUUUGGAGACACAAGCAAAGGAUCUGACAACCCCUUGCAACCUAAUUUAUGAACUUCUUCUUGUUCUGUGAUUUUUCUAGGAAGGUCUUUUUGUGUUUGUGUGCGUCUGUGUGUGACUCUGUGUGUCUCUGUAUGUUAGACUGCCAAUUGGUAAUUCCAAAGUCAAUUUUUAUAAGGUUUGAUGACCAAGUUGUAUU